AUCAGUCCAUUCGGACUUAGUGAUGUAGAAUCAAGACUAAAGGACUUUCCACAUUCUUUUCAACUUUAUACUGUGUUCUUGUUAACUAAGGAUAAAAGAAGAGCCAUUCUUAACAGGUUACAAUCAGAACGCAAGAAGGAAAAUAUGUCUUCAAUGGAAAAGAAUAUAAAUGACAACUUUUCUUCCUUUCUUUUAUUUGUGUUAGACGAUGAGAAACAAGCACUGGAGAAAAACACAGACGUUUUCAAUCGAGACAGUUCGAAUAUUGUAGCAUGUGCAAAUCGUGUGUGUUUUCUUCACCAAAAAGAUAAAUAUGAUGCUGAAGAGAUCUUGAGAAAUUUGGAGAAAAGUAAAGAACAAGAUGAAUCAUUUAGAAGAAUGCAUGCAGUAGCAGAGGCCGAAAUGGCAUACUGUUUGUCUCGAAUAUCACCUUUCAAUUACUCACAAGCUGUGAAGCUGUAUAGAUCUGUCAAUACAAAAUAUCCUAAUGAAUAUCUGUGGAUGUUUCGUGAAGCAAAAACUCUCAGGCGGUGUGUUACUUUAAACAGCUUUUCACUUGAUCCAACGCAUGACAUAAUUGAUUGCACAAUUCGAUGCAGCGAAUUGCUAAACAAACUUGUUGAAUUUGCUCCAGAACAUGACAAAGCUAAAGCAUGGGUUGAACUUGGCGAGUUAAACUGCUUAAUUGAAUACGAUUCAGCCCUUUUUAAGCAUAUUGACACUGAAAUGAUAAAGAAAAGAACAAAACGGGUGCUUCCCAGAGUAGGCCUAUGUUAUGAGAACGCACUUAGUCUCUCUAUGGAGGAUGUCUAUGUGCUUGAACGGUCUGGAAGAUAUUUCAGAUUCUGUGGCGAUCUAAAGAAAUCUAAGAGUCUGCUAACAAAAGCGAUUGGGCGACGAGGAACAGGAUUUUCACACCAUCACCUAGCUUUGACACUAAUAGAAAUAGCAAAGGCAGAUGCAGGAUCGUUGCCUAUAAAUCCUAAUGAUAAGACAUCGCAAUGCAAUGUGCCUAUAGACUUUGAGGUGAGUACUUUUAACACUAUCCACAACGACACAAAGGCUCUAAUGGUCAACAGUGAGCCAGAUAUCACUUCUCAAAAUCUUAGUCCAGACUCUGAAGAUGCAUUUAAAAGUGGCAGUAUAUCUUUUCAAUAUGAAUGUUAUAGUGGAGCUAUUUACCAUCUUACUAGAUCAAUAGAAAUUACACGAGGAUGCAACAUCCCAGCAGUACACGAUUUGGGAUUUCUUUAUUUGAAAAUAAAAGAUUAUGACAAAGCCGAGGAAACAUUUAGAAAAAGUAUCCACAUUCCCGAAAGUCAUGGAUCACCAUUACUCCGAGUUGAUGCCUACGAGCAAACAGGCUUGAGCUGUUUAAGAAAGAGUAAAGACACAGACUUAACUGAAGAAGAAAAACGGAGUUUACGCAAAGAGGGAAUGUUUUUCCUCACAGCGGCUGUAGAAAGGGCAGCUAAACUUGUUGCUGGAGUCUUUUGUCUAAAUAUGACACCUUACAAACAUCGACAAGCCUUCAAAACAAUCACCGAACUUCAACACAAUGAAUAUUCAAAAUCUGGCGACACAAAAGUGUUGGCAGAAGAAGCACGAUUGUAUGAACUGGUCAAUAAACAUAGCGAGGCUUUGGAUAUUUACGAAAAACUAGAAGAUGUAGAAGAAGAAGUUAAAUUUGAAAUCUCGAUAAAACUAAUUAAGAGCUAUCUUGCUGUUCGUGAAUAUGACAAAGCGAAGCUUCGACUAAGUCUGCUUCUUUGCACAAAUGAAGCCGGUAAUAUCCCCCCUGGUCUUGUCAUUUCAGUUUACCUAAAAACAGCAUGCCAUCUGCUAAAAAAUGGACUUAAGCUGGAGCUUGCACACACGUGUUUUAAUAGUGUUUUCGAGUGGAAGUAUGGUCCAAGAAAGCACGGAGAGGGGAAUGGAUUUGAUGUGAUGAUUCUUCACGACGAACAAGAUGCUGUUACGUCAGAGAUAUCAAAUACUGUCAAGUGUGUUCUUGAAAAGUUCACAGGUCUAAAGAUCACCAGGAACGCAGACGAAGGCUGUGCUGCAGAUCUGGAGAUGACCGUGUAUGAAAAUCUGAUGUCGUCUGCUAGAGUUAUUGUCAUUGUUUUAAACUCCCAUCCUCUGCAUCGACUGAUGAAUUGGCUCAUACAAAUCGCAAUGGCGAUUUCUUUGAAAGAAAAAAACAUGUUGAUCGUCUGCCUAACAGCAGAAAACACACACUCGGUCAAUAUUUUACGAACAUUCAAGUCGAAGCAAGCCCCGAAGACUUUUAACAAUGAAGAUGCAAAAAUUAACUGGUUACUAGACUUUUUCCCAAUGCUGGUCGAUUUCUCGGCGAAAUAAAACUAAUUCUUAAACUUCUUCGAAACUUAUUCGUGUAAAAACUUCAAAAAAAAGAAGAAAAACAAAAAAGAGAAGGAAAUGUUUUAUUUAAUAACGCACUCAACACAUUUUAUUUACCGUACAGUUAUAUAUGGCGUUGGAAUAAAACAAAAGAUACGUCAUGCGGUAGAAUUCGCUACAUUAUCGAUUUUGAAAACAGCAUCGCAUUCAGUUAGUUUGUUUUGUUUAACGACACCACUAGAGCACAUUGAUUAAGUAAUCAUCGGCCAUUGGAUGUCAAACAUUCAGUCAUUCGGACUCAUAAUCAACCGAGGAAACCCGCUACAUUUUUCUAAUACAGCAAGGGAUCUUUUAUAUGCACUUUCCCACAGUUUGACAUCAAAGUAGUAUUCAAUGCAAACCUGGUGACGUGAACAACUGUAUUGAUUGUCAUUUGAGGGAAGAAAGGAAGUUUUUAUUUAAUGACACACUUAACAUUUUAAAAUCAUUUGGUGUCGGGUAUAAUGUUUAAGGACCAUACACAAUGAGAGAGGAAACCCGCUGCUGCCAAGCAAUGGACUACCCUUUCAGAUUAGUAGCAAGAAAUCUUUUAUAUGCACCAUCCCACAUACAGGAUAGUACAUAAAUAGCAUGGCCUUUGUCAUACCAGUCGUGGUGCACUGGUUUGAACAAGUUAUUCGAGGGAUUUGAAGGUAAAAUGCAUACUGAACUCCGUAUUCACGUGAAAGCUAGCGGUCUUGUCGCCAAACACAAUAUGCAGUAUUCUUGAACUCUUCUGAAACCAAGGCGUGGAACGUAGCCCAGUGGUAAAGCGCUCGCUUGAUGCGCAAUCGGUCUGGGAUCGAUCCCCGUCGGUGAGCUCAUUGGGCUAUUUCUCGUUCCAGCCAGUGCACCAUGACUGGUAUAUCAAAGGUUGUGGUAUGUACUACCCUGUCUAUUUCUUUCUUUUGGAACCAGUGACAUGCUCAGGAGAGCGAGCAAUGAUCAUGAUCGAGUGUUUGCUAGACUGGUUUUUGCGCCUAGCGUUAGAUACAUUUGAUGUGAUAGAAGAAGUUGGUGCCAGUGAAAUUGUUCGCAAGCGCUCCGACUUCUGAGCACUCCACUGGUUGGUGCAAUGACUGAACAUUAAAUGUAGCGUGGUGAUACAAAAUAGAUCCAAAAACAAUUUGAUUGUUUACAUAAAAUAUGUAGAAUUUACAUUUAAAAUUAACGACUCAAAUGAUCACAAAUUUCUCCUUUUCAUUUUUGACAUUUUAUGUGGGGAUGGGGGUAGAAUGAUGGAAAUACAUGGUAAAAAGGUUUUAGGCAAGCUCAUUUUGCCCGAAUUUUGAGUAUCUGACCCCUCCCCAUCAGUCUUGUUUGUUUACCAAUAAUAGCCAAAACAUAUGUCACUGUGUUUUUUGUUUUGUUUUGUUGUUGGUUUAUUUUUUGUAAUUUUUUUCUCCAAAGGACCACACCACUGCUAUCAAAUAUACUGAACUCAAAAGAAAGUUUGUUUUGUUUAAAGACACUACUAGAGCACAUUGAUUUUUUUUUUUUUUUUUUUUUUUAACUUUAUUACCCCAGAUCACUUGGAAUGUCAAGGUUGGG